AUGGAGGCAACACCUAUAGGAGAAUCAAUCAAGACAUCGUGUGAACGAUGUCGACGUCGAAAGAUCAAGUGUGAUCGUAAAAGACCCUGCUCGCGAUGUGUCAAAGCAGGAACAGAAUGUAUUUUACAAGGAACUGGCGAAAAGCAGAGGCCCGUCUCCAAAAGCUAUGUGCACGCUUUAGAGGGACAAAUUAGUGCCCUGGAGCAGGUUAUUCGCAAGUUGGCUAUUGCGGAUAACGCAGAAAGAGAUGAGAUUCUGUCGGAACUGCCUCUGACGACGGCACCGGACAACGGUGGACUAGAUGAACAGCCUCAGCCAGACGUCGCGGCUAAUCAUGAUGUUGCAGCUGCGCGUGUACGUGCCGGGCAGUUAAGACGUCCGCGAGACGGCAAUGCGACACAGUUCUUUGGCGGAACUAGUUCACUUCAUAUUCACUUCUCAAGGGACGAAUCGCAGAUGACAUCUCCUCCCUCGGGAAAUGAGGACGGUACAAUGGCACCAGCUGACAGCCAGUUUGUUUUGGGAAUAGCAGCAACAACAACCACAACAGGGUUCACGCCUGAAGAGUCAAGCCCUAGUAGUGGGUGCUUUCAAUAUGCGCCUCAUGAUGAAACGUCUCAAAUGUUGAUGGCCGCCUUUUUCAAGGAACAGUACCAGUACAACAUGGUGGUUUACCGCGAAUACUUUUUACGAGACUACGACAUUGGCUCUGGGAGAUAUUACUCAGAUUUGCUCCUAUACUCGAUGUGCUCGCUCUCAGCCCUCCUGUACGACGACUUUUUCAAAUUAUCUGACGUAUUUUCUGGUCAAGCCCAAGCACUGCUUUUUGGGACCUUGGAUAAACCUGACCUUACCACGCUCCAAGCGCUUAUCCUGCUUGGGCAUCGAGAGAUUGCUGUAGGGCAAGCGUCUAAAGGGUGGCUCUUUUGUGGUAUGGCUUUUCGACUCGCUCACGAGAUGGGUUUGCACCUUGAUCCGAGUAACUGGGAUGGCUCCACGGGAUCAUCAAGGGAGAGAGAGAUCCUCCGUAGGGUCUACUGGGGAAUCUUCAUAGCCGAUAAGCAGUUGAGUCUGUACUUUGGUCGACCUCCAGCUCUCUACCCCAGCGAAUCAGACGUACGGAAUACAAUCCGGAUGCAAUAUCCUCCGGACUGGCAAAACCUGUUCGAGACGUAUAUUUGCAACAAUGCGACGGUGUCAGAGUACGAGAACGGCGUUGCGCUAGUGGGCUCUUUCAUAUAUCAAGCAGAACUGUCCAAAAUUAUCCACGUCAUGAUUACGGAUCUCUUUGAAAACCGGCGAGGCGAUGUCGAUCCUGCGAUUGCAGCGGCCAAAUCUCGCAAGAUUCAUCUGUCUCUAACGAAAUGGCUGGCGAGUCUUCCGGGUACACUGCAUUGGAAUCAAUGGACAGUUGGCCAAGUGCCAUCGCCGGUGCUACACUUGCACUUGUUGUUUCACACAGUCAUGAUUAUUCUCCAUCGACCGCCGUCAAACAUGUUCGAGAAGCCCGGGAUCUCUGAAAGCGAAGACGUCGAAAUUUGUUACGAGUCAUUACAAGCCAUAUUGCGCCUCAUGCGAAGUUAUUCGCGUUUCUAUCGGUACAGAUCUCUUCCUCUGGACUUUGUACAAACGCUUUCCACGGCUGCAGGAGCUGUUAUGAUGAAGCGGUUCUUCCAAAAGUCCUCAUGGGAUGAUCCUGACAUAGAACGGUCGCUGUCGCUGUUGACGGAGGCCAUGGAUGACAUACAAAAUACUUGGCCAUGUGUCAAGGAGAUUCGUGAUUGCGUUACUGUGGCAAGACAACGACGCGAGACAACUGUGCCACCAUCUGUGCCUCUGAAUGCGCCGGAUUUGAUGAAUGGGCUGGAGCUUGGUAGUGCUGACGCCACGAAUGACUUUAUGACCAGCUUUGAAGACGACCUCGGCACAUUGAUCACAGACGAAUUUCUGAGUGCUCAACUCCAAGUCCAGGAUGGGAGUGCAUUCGAUCUGGAGCCGUUUGACUUUAACAACCCGCCAGGGAGAAUAGAUUCCCGGCAAUGA